AUACUACUAGGGUAGUAGCCUUGUGGUAGUACAAGAAGUAUACUAAUGGUAAAGCUGUUAAACACAGUCCUCAUCUUCAUUGGUUAGAUUCAUCACAUUCCCGAGGCUCUACUUGCACAGUUGCCUUACUUUUCUUCGAUGAACAGACUGACUGUCUCCUGUAUUCAGCAGAGUUUCCACAGUGGAACAUUUUGGAGAAUAAAGGAGGAAGACGAGGAGGAGGAGGAGGAGGAGGAAGAGGGAAAGAGGAAACAUGUUGCUGCCAACUCUUCAGAGACCCCACAGAGCUGGCAUAGUGUGUGUCACUCGAUGAAGUGGGAAAUUGAUGUCCUGGCUGGUGAUCCAGGCGGUGUUUUUCGGAGUGUGUGUCCUGAUCGAUGUGUCCAGUCUGCUGACUAAGGGAGGCGACAGCAGGGAGCAGGAGCGGCAGCUGAGGAAGCUGAUUGGCCUGAGGGACUGGAUGAUGGCUGUUCUGGCCUUCCCUGUCGGAGCGUUUGUGGUGUUUACGUUCUGGACUCUCUACCUGUACGACAGAGAACUGGUCUACCCCAGACUACUGGACAACUUCAUCCCUCAGUGGCUCAACCACGGCAUGCACACCACCGUUCUUCCUUUCAUCAUCAUCGAGAUGCGGACCACCCACCAUCGGUAUCCCAGCAGGUCGUGGGGUCUGGCAGCAGUGUGCUGCUUUGGCGUGGGAUACAUCCUCUGGACGUGUUGGGUGCACCAGGUGACAGGUGUGUGGGUGUACCCGGUGCUGGAGCGCAUCACUCCGCUGGCUCGAGUCAUCUUCUUCAGUGCGAUGACCGUGGUGAUUUGUGUUUUCUACACCCUCGGAGAAAUCCUCAACAGCUACAUCUGGGACCAGCCACACACAGAAAAGGUCAAAGGUGAGUGAUCUCCCCUCGACUGUGCGGGCUUCGAAAUCGGCCUCCGUCGGACAGAAGAGGAGUGCCCCGCCCACCCAGGACAGCACAAGAACAGAAAACAAGCGACCUCUCCGGGAGUGGAAAAGACCAUUACCUUUGAACUGUACAACAAUAACAUAGAAAAGACGGAAAAAUCAUCAGUUAAAUGUAAAUAGAGAAAAAGGUGAGGAUGAAGGCGAGUCAAAACUCAUCUUUUGUCUAUUUUUUGUUUUUCAAUGGCAAAAACUAAGCAACCGUGUUGCAUCCGGCUUUGUUAUGUGGAGAGACAGUGGACAAAACACACAAACAUACAACUACACAAAAUGUAGAACUUAAAACACUGAUAUACUUCACACACACACACACACACACAAGCACAUAACACAUGCUUACAGGGACAGAAACACACAAACAGUAUUUGUAAUCUGCUUUUCUGGUAUGAACUAUUUAUCAAAGUGAAUGAAUUCCUUCAUAAGCUACUACAAAACUACUAAACAUCAAUAAUGUGUUGAACAUCAUUAUUAUUCAUAUUUUGAAUAUGUAUGGAAGAAACUAGAUGUUGGUACAAAAUCAAUAAAGUUUGAGUGGAAAAUA